GAGCAUCAUGUGACCAUUUGGCUGCGAGAGCUGAUGACGCAUGAGCCUGCGCUCGGCGUUUCAGCUACAAGGGAAAGGAGUUAAGGAAGGAGUUGGGGUCUGGUGUGGGAAGUCGGGGUGCAGCCAGACGGAUCUAGGUCGAGCAGCCAGGUAAUAAUUUCAAGAUGCCAGGACGUUCCAGUUCAAAUUCAUGUUCAACUGGUUUUAUAUCCUUCAGUGGUAUAGAAUCUGCUCUCUCCUCGCUGAAAAACUUCCAAUCCUGUAUCAGCUCCGGAAUGGACACAGCCUCUAGUGUUGCUCUGGAUCUAGUCGAAACUCAAACUGAAGUGAGUAGCGAAUACAGUAUGGACAAGGCAAUGGUUGAAUUUGCUAUGAUGGAUCGAGAACUAAACCAUUAUGUAAAAGCUGUUGAAUCUAUGAUAAGUCAUGGUUGGGAGAGCAGCAUAAAAUUAGAAUCAGCCAGCUGAUUGCCCAGCAGGAUGUCGUCAACUAUCCAAGCACAGAGCCUGAAGGACCCUGAGAUUGCAAAACUCUUCUCCAAAGAAGAUCCAGGGAAGCGCUUCACAGAUCUCAGAAAAGUUGGCCAGGGAGGCUAUGGAACAGUGUUCUUUGCACGAGAUGUGCACACCCAUGACGAGGUGGCUAUCAAGAGAAUACCUUUUACUGGAAAGAAGGCUAUGACGAGUUGGCAGCGUAUUAUUAAGGAAGUCAGGUGCCUACGAACAUUAAAACAUCCCAACAUUGUAGAAUACAAAGGCUGCUAUUUACGUGAGCACAGAGCAUGGCUUGUAAUGGAAUAUUGUUCACAAUCUGUUUCAGAUUUGCUGGAAUUUCCCAUAAUGCCAUUACAAGAAAUGGAAAUAGCAGCAAUUAUACACGGUGCUCUUCAGGGAUUAGCCUACUUCCAUUCUCAUGGCAUGAUCCAUAGAGACAUCAAAGGAACAAAUAUCCUUCUGACACCACGAGGCCAGGUGAAACUUGCUGACUUUGGAUUUGCUUCCAUGGCCUCUUAUUCCAAGACUUUUGCGGGAACACCGCAUUGGAUGGCCCCAGAAAUAAUUUUAGGCAGGAAUGAAGAACAAUAUGAUAGCAAAGUAGAUGUAUGGUCUCUGGGGAUAACAUGUAUUGAAAUAGCGGAAAGGGAGCCUCCUUUAUUUGCUCUGAAUGCAAAGCGUGCCUUAAAGCUCAUUACCAGAAAUAACCCCCCUACACUACAGUCUAAUGAAUGGUCCAGUUCUUUUCACAACUUUGUAGAGGCUUGCCUCCAGAAAAACCCUAAAGAUCGCCCUACAUCAAAGACACUUUUAAAGCACCCAUUUCUUCUUCGGGAGCGUCCUACAACAGUGUUAGCAGAUCUCCUUCAAAGGGCAAAGGAAGAAAAAAACGGAGUGCUGGACAAUCUGCGCAAUCGAAAGACGAAGAAGGUCCUUUCCCAGGAGGCACAUAAAGGGCCAGCGGUAGAAGCACAGGAAGAAAAGGACCAAGAUCACGGUGUUGGACAGGCAGGAGCAGUGCACAAUAUUGGAAGUCAUCAGUCUGUUCCCCGUAUGUGCAGCAGGACCAGGAGUCAAAGCGGUGGGGUUGACAUUCUUCAGGAUGCCUCGGGUAACAAGGAUGAGCUACCCGUGAUGGAGGGAAUCGAAACAAUUACGUCUAAUGAUUCUGCCAUCCGUUCAAGACCUGUUACAAGUGAAAUGCCAGAACAUGAGCAGGAAAGUCAGCUCAGAGAACAAAUGUCUGGCUGUAAGAGAAUGACAGAGCAACAUCAGAAACAGCUCAUGAAUCUGGAAAAAAAGUUAAAGGCUGAGAUGGAUGAGCAUCGCCUCAGAUUAGAGAAAGACCUUGAAACUCAGCGUAACACCUUCGCUGUAAAAAUGAAGAAGCUUCUCAAGAAACACCAGGCGGCAGUGGAAAAAGAGGCUAAAGUGAUGUGCAACGAGGUGAAAAAAUUUCAGCAGCGUAUCCAGGCUGAGCAGAAGAAAGAACUGGAUAGCCUUUUGAAGACCCAGAAGAGAGAAUACAAACUUCGAAAGGAACAGCUUAAGGAGGAGCUGAAUGAAAACAAGAGCACCCCAAGAAAAGAAAGAGAGGAAUGGCUUUCAAAGCAGAAAGAGAACAUACAGCAUUUCCAAGAAGAGGAAAAGACCAAUCUUCUUCAGCAUCAGAGCCGGUACCUAGAGCUGCAAUGCCGUCUCUUCGAAAGAAAGUUGUUACUUGGGUGCCACAACUUGGAGCAGGACCUUGUCAGGGAGGAAUUAAAUAAAAGAAAGGAUCAAAAGGACUUAGAGCAUGCAAUGCUACUGCGACAGCAUGAAUCCACACAAGAACUGGAGUUCCGCCACCUCAACACAGUGCAGAAGAUGCGCUGUGAGUUGAUGAGUCUGCAGCAUCAAACCGAGCUCACUGACCAGCUGGAGCGUAAUAAACGGAGAGAGCGAGAACUAAGGCGGAAGCAUGUCAUGCAGGUUCGACAGCAGCCGAAGAGUCUGAAGCCGCAUUUGGAUGAAGCACAGGAGGCAGAGUGCCAGGCUUUGAAAACGCAGCUGCAGCAGGAACUGGAGCUGUUGACUGAACUUCAGAGCAAGAUCAAAAUGCAGGCUGAGGCACAAGACGCUCAGGAGCUUCGAGAGCUUGAACAGAGGGUCUCUCUCCGCAAGGCACUCUUAAAACAACAGGGGCUCAACACUAUCUCUGAACUGAGAGAAGAAGAAACAGCAAACUUGAAGAUAAUUCAGUAAAGAGUGUGCAAUCUGCAGAAGAGAGAGGAAAAAGAAUGAACAAACGUGAACAGAGCCUCAGAUUACAAAAGGUUGAAGAGUAACUUGGAAGUUACUCCUAGUUCCCUGUUCGGAGAGGCCAGCAGAUGCCACCCUGACCAAGUGAUCUAAGUGAACAUCAGCAGGAGCAGGACAGACGGAAGUCGCGCCUCAGCUGACAGCAGCAAUGAGAGGAACACAGCAAUACUUCCAUGAUAUUUCCACCCUAGAUACCCCGCCUGAUUCAUAUCAUGAGGAAACACAUGAAACCCAGAUGAUGGACAUUCUGUGCACUAACUUGCCUGUAAUCUUUAAGGAUACCAAGGUCAUGGAAGUCGAGAGAAGAACUGUUCCUCACUGAAGGAGAUUAAAGGGCCUUGACAACUAAAUGCAGUGUGUGCUUCUGAACUAGAUCCUUUGGCUGGAAUCACUGACAAAACUUGAAUGAGUUCUGAGAAUUAGAUAGUGGUAAUGGCCACUGCCAGGUUCCUGAUUUUAACAUUUAUAUUUUGGCAAUUGAACAUAAGUAAAUCCUUAUAAUUCUACCAGGUUCUCAGUAAUUUUUUUUAUUUUCCUACAAUUAAAAUUAUUGUAAAUGUCCUAUCAUUAAUUUCUCACUAUUGUUACUUUGAUAAGUUUUAACAGUAAAGCUUUAUACUUAAGAGAAUUUUAGGUAUUUCUUGUGAAUUGAAUUGGUGCUUUUUUUUUUCUUUUUUUUCAUCUUAUAUUUCCUCAUUUUGCA